GUGUGAUGACAAAUGCGAUCUGGUGGAUUCCAGGUGAAUGCUAGCUUUACCUGUAACGCACUAGGCAGACGAGAUUCUGUCGUUCGCGGGCCUUACCAGUGUGGAGGUAGACUCUCUAAGACCAGUGUCGGCAUGAUAUUAUAAGGAAUAUUACAAGCUCCUUCAAUACCCAAAGUUUUUUGCACAAAAGUCUGUAGUAGAAAAUUUUAUGAGGAAUUACGUUAAGGAGAUAAAUAUUUAUACAACUGAAAGAUCAUGCCGUCACUUAUGUCUCUAUUGCACGUGCUCAUCCUUUUUAUGGCGAUAUUCCCCAUAAGUCGUCUGCAAAUCAGGACACCGACUAACGCCAAUUCCCGGUUUGUGCAAUGGAUGAAUGGCCUCUUCUACCUUCCAAGGGGAAACGAACUACGCGUGCGCAAAGAGUACAGAUUACUGUCAGAUGAAGAGCGCAGGAACUAUCACCAAGCCAUUCUACUUCUUAAAAACGACAGGACUGUAUUGCCAAAUAAAUUCGACGCCAUUGCUUCGCUUCAUCAUCGGAACACAGCUUCCGGUGCGCAUGGCGGUCCGGGAUUUUUGGGAUGGCACAGAAUUUAUCUCACGCUGUUCGAAAACGCCCUUCGUGAAAAGGUACCAAACGUAACAGUUCCAUACUGGGAUAACACACUGGACGCUGAGCUUCCAGAUCCACGAAGAUCUAUCAUGUGGUCCCCGCUUUUUUUAGGAAACGGAAAUGGAGCUGUGGUAACAGGUCCCUUCCGGCGAUUUUCCACUCCGUAUGGACCCCUCCGCCGUGACAUCGGAGCUGACCGUAGGUUAAUGACGAAAACUGAUGUGGACAAUGUAUUAAGCCGCCGAUGGAUGUGGGAAAUUUCCAAUCCAAGUGCUGAGGAUCGCUAUAACUUAGAACUAUUACACAAUCAUGUUCACGUAUGGAUUGGAGAGCAAAUGAGUCGCAUAGAAUCUUCAUCGUAUGACCCGGCAUUUUUUGCUCACCACGCUUUCGUUGAUUGUUUAUGGGAAGAAUUUCGACAAAGACAAAGGCAAAACGGAAUAAAUCCUGGCCGAGACUAUCCAAGAAUAGUAGGCGAUCAAGGUCAUCAACCUCUUGUUUCCAUGGGUCUUGGGAGACUUCUAGUGGUUGAUGGAAUUAAUGAUAUAUUUACACGGAGAAUAUAUAGAUGUCAGAGGAGACCCGAAUGCGUUCCGGGUACAAAUCACUGUGGUUCACCGUACAUAAGAUGUAACUGGUCAACAAGGACUUGUUUACCUUUAAUUAUGAGCAACAGGCCAAAUAAUGGAGUUGCAUCAGGGCCUGUGCAACAAGUACCUUGGUGGACGAGGUUUACACAAAGAAAUAAUGGGCUGUUUGGUUGAAAAAAUAAAAAUAAUUCUCUUGGUUUAGUCUCUCUCAUCGGUUGUGCCAAUUUGGGUCUUGGGUAAAAGGGAAUCUCUUGUACCAGAGGGUCGAAUGCGAAAAUGGAACAGAUUCUCAACAGUUAGGGUUGUGGAGCAAUAAUCCGCUUGUCCUCUUCAUGUUUAUGACGUUGAAAUGAUGACGCAGGUUACGUCAGGGAGGACAGUUUGGCUGCAGAGUAGCUCGUACCGUUUCGCCCCCAAAUUUAAUCUUCUCUGUGUUUUAGAUUACCAAGACACAAAUUUUUCUAGGUUUAUGAAUAGAAAUAUGAAAGCAGUUUUCUGAUUUUUUGAAAGUAAUGUUUUUGGGGUUAAGAACUAUAUGCUAAGAAAAAUUGAUUUGGUAACAGAGGUACCAAUUUAGCUGUGCAACAUAAACAGCCUUUUAAAAAUAUCAUUUUUCCCAUCUGAUUUUAAUUUGAAUGUGUUUAUUUUUGUACCUUGUGUUUGUCCACGUCCAUGUAGAAAAUGUCGUUUGAAGUUUAGGUGUUCAAUUGUAAAAUUUUGUAGGUAGUGAGUAUGUGUUUUAGUCAUUCAUUCUAGUCCACGCCCUCAAAUCUAAUGAAUAGUCAUGAUAUCAUUAAAAAGUCUCUUUAAGUUGUGAAGAUGAGUAAAUAAUGUGAUGUUUUAUGUGAUUGUCAAUCAAAAGAUAUUUGAUUGGUUUUCUAAGUCAUAUGCAUAUGUUGUUACAUUCUAUUAAAAUGUUGCCAUUAUUUAUUUGCAAUUAAAUCUUUUAUCAUUGUU